UUGGACGAUAUUGACAGUUUAAAUGUGAUACAUGUUGCUGGUACUAAAGGCAAAGGUUCAACGUGUGCACUCACUGAAUCUAUUUUACGUCAGUUUGGCCUCAAGACCGGCUUUUACAGUUCCCCGCAUCUUAUACAUGUUCGAGAGCGCAUCAGAAUCAAUGGAAUCCCGUUAUCAGAGAAUGAAUUCAUCAAAUAUUUCGACGACGUAUAUAAUCGUCUGGCUUCGGCAGUCAUGCAGUGCGGGGAUGCGUUUAAGAUGCCAGCUUAUUUCAAAUUCUUAACAGUAAUGGCAUUCUAUGUUUUUCUGCAAGAAAAAGUCGAUGUUGCAAUAAUGGAAGUUGGCAUUGGUGGUGAGCACGACUGCACUAAUAUUGUUGAGAAUCCAAUUCUUUGUGCAGUGACAACUUUGGAUUACGACCAUAUGGCGAUGCUUGGCUCAACGAUCAAAGAGAUUGCCUGGCAAAAAGGAGGUAUCUUCAAGAAACACAGUACGGCGAUUGUUGCCGAGCAAGAAGAGGAAGCAAUGGAAGUUUUAAGAAAUCGUGCAGACGAGAGGAAUUGCUUAUUUCGCCUAGCACCACCAUUCAGUGCAUACGACUGGCCAACGAACAACAACAUUGAGAUUGGUAUCGGUGGCGUCCACCAACAGCAUAACGUAACUGUUGCACUACAAUUAGCCAAAUUAUGGCUUGAAAAAACUAACAGACAAGGUAAGUUGAACUGAUU